CUGCUUUUUGCCCAGGGCCAUGGCGGGCCGGGGCCGCGGCCGGGGCCGGGGGCAGAUGACGUUUAACGUGGAGGCCGUGGGCAUCGGCAAGGGGGACGCGCUGCCGCCGCCCACCCUGCAGCCAGCGCCGCUCUUCCCGGCUCUGGAGCGCCGCGCGGCGCCGCUGCCCGGCGGCGAGGAGGGCGAGUACAUGCUGGCCCUGAAGCAGGAGCUGCGCCGGGCCAUGAAGGGGCUCCCGUACUUCGUCAAACCGGGGGCGCCCCGCAGAGACAUCGAGCGCUACUCGGACAAGUACCAGCUCUCCAGCCCCGUGGACAACGCCAUCGACUGGAACCCAGACUGGCGGCGGCUCCCGCGGGAGCUGAAGAUCCGCGUGCGGCGGCUGCGCAAGGCCCGGACCCCCGGGCCUGUCCCCAAGCAGCAGGUGGCACUGGACAAGGAGGAGGCCAUUAAGAAGCUGGAGAGCCUGGAGAAGAAGGAGGAGGAGGUGACAUCCGAGGAGGAGGAGGAGAAGGAGGAGGAAGAAGAGGGAAAGGAGGAGGAGGAGGAGGAGUACGACGAGGAGGAGCACGAGGAGGAGACCGACUACGUGCUGUCCUACUUCGACAACGGCGAGAGCUUCGGGCCCGACAGCGACGACAACGGCGACGAGGCCGUGUACUGACCCCAGAAGGGGCGUUGAACCCCAAAAACGGGCACUGACCCCAAAAAUGGGCACCCCAAAAGGGGUACUGACCCCAAAAGGGGCAUUGAACCCCAAAAAUGGGCGCCCCAAAAUGGGCACUGACCCCAAAACUGGGCACCCCAAAAUGGGCACUGACCCAAAAUGGGCGCUGACCGCAAAAUGGGCACCCCAAAAUGGGCACUGACCCCAAAAAUGGGCACUGUUCCACAGCCCUGGCAUAGCAGGGGUGCCCUCACCUCCCCAGGGGACAUCCUGAUAUCCCUUGGGGACAUUGGGGUGACAUUGGGGUCCCUGUCCCCCCACGUUGGGGACAUUGGGGUGACAUUGGGGUCCCUGUUAUCCCUUGGGGACAUUGUGGUGACAUUGGGGUCCCUGUCCCCUCUUUGGGGACAUUAGGGUGACAUUGGGGUCCCUAUUCCCCCCUUGGGGGCAUUGGGGGGACAUUGGGGACACUGGGGUGACAUUGGGGUCUCCCUGGGGACAUUGUGGUCACAUUGGGGACACUGGGGGUGACAUUGGGGUCCCCCUGGGGACAUUGUGGUGACAUUGGGGUCCCCCUGGGGACAUUGUGGUGACAUUGGGGACACUGGGGGUGACAUUGGGGCCCCCUUGGGGACAUUGGGGUGCAUUUGGGUCCCUAUUUCCCCCUUGGGGACAUUGGGGGGGGACAUUGAGGUCCACAUUCCCCCCUUGGGGACAUUGGGGGGACAUUGGGGUCCCUGUCCCCUCCUUUGGGACAUUGUGAUGACAUUGGGGUCCCCAUUUUCCCCUUGGGGACAUUGGGGUGACAUUGGGGACACUGGGGUGACAUUGGGGUCCCCUUGGGGACGUUGUGGUGACAUUGGGGUCCCCCUGGGGACACUGGGGUGACAUUGGGGUCCCUGUUAUCCCUUGGGCACACUGGGGGGACAUUGGGGUCCCUGUCCUCUCCUUUGGGACAUUGUGAUGACAUUGGGGUCCCCAUUUUCCCCUUGGGGACAUUGUGGUGACAUUGGGGACACUGGGGUGACAUUGGGGUCCCCCUGAGGACGUUGUGGUGACAUUGGGGUCCCCGUUACCCCUUGGGGACAUUGGGGUCCCCCUUGUCCUGUCAUUCCCUUUGUCACCACCAGGUGGCGCCGGCGCUCCAGGCCCGGGGU